UGGGACCAGGGCGAGGCGAAGGACAGGAAUGAUGGCGUCUGCGGGAAUGGGGCUAAGGCGGCUCCUGGUGGCCGGUUCGAAAGCGAGCAGGCGGCGAGUGACUACCUCUCUUCUGCCUGUAGCUUUUCCCAGGCUUCAUUAUCAUGUGACACCGCCUCGCAGCUACGUACCCCGGAGAGCUGUUCUCUACGUGCCUGCAGAUGAUGCAAGAAAGAUACAGAAGAUUCCAUCUCUCAAUGUCGAUUGUGCAGUGCUAGAUUGUGAAGAUGGUGUUGCUCUAAAUAGGAAGGCAGAAGCUAGAAUGAAAGCUGUGGAAGCCCUUGAUAAAUUUGACUUUGGUCAGACGGAGAAGUGUGUUAGGAUCAAUUCAGUGUCCAGUGGUCUUGCAGAAGAAGAUAUGAAGGUCAUUUUGAAAUCCAAGAUUCUUCCUACCAGCCUGAUGCUCCCCAAAGUUGAGAGUGUAGAAGAAAUAAAAUGGUUGAUAGAGAAAUGUGCGAGCCACUUACAAGGCCGAACGCUCAUAGAGCCAAUCAAUUUCAUUCCUUUCGUGGAAACUGCAAUGGGUUUGCUCAAUUUUAAGGCUGUUUGCGAAGAAACUCUGAGAGCAGGACCACAUGUUGGCCUUCAUUUAGAUGCAGUGGUAUUUGGAGGCGAGGAUUUUCGUGCCAGUAUAGGUUCAACAAGUAGUAAAGACACUCAUGACAUUCUUUAUGCACGGCAAAAAAUUAUCGUCACAGCAAAGGCUUUUGGCUUGCAGGCCAUAGACCUUGUCUAUAUAGACUUCCAGGAUGAAGAUGGGCUACGUCAGCAGUCAAAAGAGGGUGUCUUAAUGGGUUUUACUGGUAAGCAGGUGAUCCACCCUAAUCAAGUUGCUAUUGUCCAGGAACAAUUCUCCCCAAGCCUUGAAAAAAUAAAGUGGGCUCAAGAACUGAUUGCAGCUUUUGAAGAACAUCAGCGUGUAGGAAAGGGCGCCUUCACUUUCCAUGGCAGCAUGAUAGACAUGCCAUUACUGAAACAGGCCCAAAACAUUGUUACACUUGCCACUGCCAUCAAGAAAAAAUGAUGUGCUAAAUGAACUUUUCCCGAAGAGUGAUUCCAGGAGCCGCUUCAAGAAAGAUUAUAUAAUACUCAGAGAAAGAACAGUGUAACACUUCAUACUUCAGUAGAAUUCAGACUACAUGUCUGACAACUUCAGUCUAUUUUUCUUACUGAAUGCCAAUCAGAAUGGUAAGAUUGGAGCCUAUUUCCUAUGACAAAUGAGUUGUGACAGAGCUGAAAGCAAAACUGUUUCAUUUGGAAAACUGGCCAAUUAAAAUCAAUCAGUGAUGUGGA